ACCAUUACCGGGGAUAAAGCAAACCGCCCCAUCAUCUUUCUCAUAUCUGCCUUCGGACCCCAUAUUUCGUCGUCAGAUUGUUUGGUAGAACACCCUUAGAGGUAUGAGAGUGUUUCUGGAUUCUCUAAUACAUGAAUUUUGAGAAACCGAAGCAACAAAAAAAACUUGGUUGAAAAAUUACCAUGGAAUCUUACCAACAUCAAAAGGUUUGAAAUCUCUCUGAUCCUUAACUCUUGCUGCAUGGAAAUCAAAGCCUUUUUCUGGGUCUUCUUUCUUUGAUCUCUAGUUGUAAUCUUUGUGCGUAUUUAUAGGGCUAGGGUCACAGAUACCAUCCUACCGUGCUUGAAACAUUUUGGCUGUGUGUCUUUAGAUUUGGGCUUUCCAAGUCCUUCAUCCUUUGAUCUUAAGAUUUGAUAAAAUUACUCACUCUAAAAGUCGAGUUUUUAAAUUCUAAAGGAUUUAACAGUGUAACUAAGGAUGCAAUCAAGAAGGCAUGAUGAUUAUUCUACAAUUGCCCCGGGUUCAAAGUUCCGUGCUCAACACCGGUCGAGAAUGGGUACUGACCCUUGCAAUGGUACUCUUUGUGAUCGGUCUCCGCUCACCCGGCAGAAUGCGAGUCCUCAUGAGUUUGAUGGGUCGAGACGGGUUGUGGGUGCUAGUCGAAGGAGUGGUUCUGCUGAAAGGGGGGAUUAUGCUUGGCAUUUGGGUGGUGGUAGUGGAGGUAGAAGAGAUAGGAUGCGAUCAAGGUCACCCCCUUUCGAGCAAGUGAAAAGAAGGGCUCAGUUCCAUGAGGGUGGUAUUGGCAUGCGUAGGGAUUAUGAUCUGCCUAUAGAGUUGCAGCGGAGAUAUGAGUUGGCCGAUCGUACUGAUGAUAAGGUUGGUGAUGAUAGCUUGACUUCAACAAAUGUUUAUGGAUAUCAGCAUUAUAGUUCUAGAAUGGGUAAAGAGAAGGACUUUAAUGAAAGCAGAUUGUCAGAAGCUGGUGGACGUAGAAUGUUGGGUCAGAAAUCAAUGGCAAUGGAAGAUGGCAUACCUCGGGGGUCAUAUCGGUUGCCUCAAGAUCGAGGUCCCACAUCAAAUUAUAGAGAAACUGAUGGGCACCUAUCAUCCUCAUCACAAAGUAUAGAUAUACGCCGGAUUGAGCAUGAAACGCUUCAGUAUCGGGACCCUGUAGCUGUCGAUGAGUUACCAAUCCUGGAAUCAUCCAAAGAUGGAGAGAAACCCAUGUUUCAAUCAAGGGAUGUGCCAUAUCUCGUUGGGUCGGCAUCUCACUCCAAAGAUUCUGCAAGAACCUUUCCUCUGAAGGAUUUGGCAAUCUCCUCUUCAAGGAUGUUGAGGGAUGAGUUUUCGGGUUCUUAUCAGGAUGGCAUUCACUUGCCUCCUUCUGAUGAGUUUUCAAGGAAUGGCAGAAAUCUUAUAGAUCCUAUUGGCUGUAACAUAUAUGGGCGAAGUCCACUUAUAGGGUCCCCUGGACACCACGAAACUAAACAGAGGAAUCUGACAUAUUGCCAAAGAGGUGCAUAUAGUCCCACCAGGGUUAAGUGUGAAGAUCAUUCAUACCCAAAACUACGGGGAACUGCAAACGAUGACCGUGAACAUCCUCCUGAUGACUUAUACAGAGCGAUUCCACCACAUGCUCCACUAGACUAUGACCUUGCACAAAUCAAUUACGAUCAUAGACAUAUGUCAAGACCUAGUAACAUGCACCCUAUCGUAAAUAGGGCUCAUGAUAACAGCGAUGAUCCUUACGGAAAUUCUGACAAAGGAAUUAUAUUGGACCAUUCCACUUUACCAAAGCAUGCAGGUUUAGACUACCUUGAUAUGAAUAGAACAUCAAAUACAUCAACGCAAGGUGGGGAGUAUUUGGGUUCUGGAUGUAAUGAUGUUGACUUUGGAAGGAGAGUGCCAGAACACUACAAAAAGGCACAUUUGAGUGCAUCACAAGAUCAUCAUUUAAUACAUUUGAGAUCAGAUUAUGCUUUUGGAAAAGAUGCAGGUCCAAAGUUUCUGAAGGAAAGGCUGCAGAGUCCUCCUAUUUCUAAAUAUGAUUCAGAUAUGCACAGACAUUCUGUAAGAACGCAGAGAAUGGAGGAGGAGCUUGGCUUAUGUGAACCAUUAGAUAGGGUGAUUAAAAGAAAGUACAGUGCUGAUGAAGAAUUAGGCGGGCAUGAUUCUGGAAGAUUCAUGUCAAAAUGGGAUGCGGCGGGAGAGCUUCAGGAUCUAUAUGAUAGAGGUGAAGAGUGGAUUGAUGAUGAUACAAGUGGUUUGUAUUCAUCCAAUGUUGUGGGAUUUGACCGUAAUGAAUACAGAAAGUCCAAGAGGAUUUAUGAUAGGCUAGAACGUCAUCAAGAUUUUACAUCUGAUGAAUGGUUAUCAUCUCAAGAUUUUUUGGCACAUACGCAAAGGCAUUCAGUUAGAUUGUAUAAACAUGGCGGUCAAUUUACAAGGUGUCAUCCAAGAAAUGGUUCUUUCAGCUCAAAUAACUUGCACUAUCUUGAUAGAAGAAGUGGUUUUCACAAACAUCCCAAAGUUUGGAAAAGUAAUGAUGAUUAUUAUGAGGAUGUGCACGAAGACUAUGGUAACCCUUCAGAAGAUUGGGCGAGUCACUCAGAGUCUGAGCCAGCCGAGGACACUGAGAAAUUCAAGCAACUGGUACAUGAAGCCUUCCUAAAGUUCUCUAAAAAGUUGAAUGUGAACCCAGCUGUCCGAAGACGAUACAAGGAGCAAGGGAAAGGUGGUAGUUUGUUCUGCAUUGCAUGUGGCAGAAGCUUGUCAAAGGAGUUCAUGGAUACCCAACGCUUGGUAAGACAUGCCUUUAUGUCUCACAAGGUUGGCCUGAGAGCACAACACUUGGGUCUUCACAAAGCAAUAUGUGUUUUGUUGGGGUGGAAUACUGUUGCCCCGCAUGAUACCAUAACAUGGGUUCCUCAGGUCUUAUCCAACGCAGAAGCUUUGGCUCAGAAGGAGGAUUUGAUACUCUGGCCUCCUGUCAUUAUCAUCCACAACAUAUCCAUGUCAGACAAUAAUCCAGGAAAGUGGAAGGUCAUUACCAUGGACGAGAUUGAGGCUUUACUAAGAAGGAAAGGUUUUGUGAGGGGAAGAAUCAAGGUUUGCCUUGGACGGCCUUCGGAUCAAAGUGUUAUGGUUGUAAAGUUCUUGGGCACUUUCACUGGGAUGGGAGAUGCAGAGAGGCUUCACAAGUACUAUGCUGAGAAUAAGCGCGGUAGAAUCGAUUUCGGGCAACUUGCGAUGAACAAUGGCAAAAGCAGCAACAGCUGGGAUGCAGGAAUGCAGGGAGACGGGGGGGAGGAACAUGUUCUGUAUGGGUACAUGGGUAUUGCAGAAGACUUGGACAAAGUGGAUAUUAACACAAGGAAAUCGAAUUUGAUAAAGAGUAAGAAGGAGAUUCAGGACCUAGCAAAUGCUCCUGUUAGACCUGAAGAGAGGUAGAUAAUGUCCACGUACAACUGUUAUAGUUUUUUGUUCCCAAAACUCUUGUAGGGAAAAUUCCAGGCUUUCUUUUCAAGGGUCUCUCCAGGUAGUUUUGUAGACAAGAUGUCACGAAAAGCUAGUUUCUGUUAUAUAAACUAUGUUUUGCUUUUAA